UCCUGGGACGUCAUGGUGUCUAAGCGUAAUGCUAAAUACUACAACAACAACAUAGAGAACUCAGAAUAUCGUAACGACUUAUUCAAAUGCAAACCGCAGACAGAACACUUCAAGCUGGUUGUUAACAAACUGUACGAUCUCCAGGGAAUAUGCGACAUGGAACUCACGACGAGAGAUCUUCUCUCGUUCUGCCGACAGAUCGCAAUGGGCAUGGAGUUCUUGGCCUCCAAUAGAGUGGUCCAUAGAGAUCUAGCAGCAAGAAAUGUUUUGGUGGCUAGUGAUAGGACUCUGAAAAUAGCUGACUUCGGAUUAUCGAGGGACAUUUAUGAGGAAAACCAAUACAAACAGAAAGGUAACGGCAAGAUGCCUAUGAAGUGGAUGGCGUUGGAAUCUCUAACUCACAGGAUAUACACAACUCAAAGCGAUGUAUGGUCGUUCGGCGUGGUGAUGUGGGAGGUGGCUAGCGUGGGCGGCAGCCCGUACGCGGGCGUGGCGGGCGCGCGCCUGCCGCGGCUGCUGCGCGCCGGGUACCGCAUGCCGCGCCCCAGCCACUGCCCGCCGCAACUGUACGUACGAGUAUUCGCGCACAAGUAUUAUAGCACCCGUAAAUUGCUGAUGCGCUGGAAUCUUGCCUAGAUAACACCCGCCAUAUAUGACGUCAUAUGAAAAUAGAAAGUAUAGAUAGAACAAAAGGCGAGAAUUAUUAUUGUAAUAUUUAUGAUCUCCAAAAUAUUGUUAAAAUAAUUUAAUAAAUCUAAGUGCAUGAAUUUUUGGUAAACAAUCUUUUUAUAUGUAGAUAUUAAGGUAUAUGUAGAUGGAAAGCACAGUUUUUCAAACACAACAAAAAGUAAUAAAUGAGAGACAUUAGAUAUAUUAUUUAUUAGUGAAAUUAUGUUUACUUAUUGAAAAAAUCGUAAUAAGUUAUUAUUUUAGUCAACCAUAACAAGUAACAACAAACUUAACAAUAACAAUCAAUAAUCAACAAAAUCAUAACAACAAUGAAGUGUGACCUCAUCACAACCCAACUCAAUAAGCGUACUCUUCAACCAGCGUUUAUUUGUUAACGGUACUGAUUUUUCAACGCAAUUACGUCAUCAAAAUGGCGGCCAGGCGUUAGUGAUUUGCGGGGAUUAUAUCUACUACUAAUAUAACAUACAGCGUCCGCGUGCCGAGCACGAGCCGUGCUUACGGGCGACAUGUCCAGCCUACUCACAUUUAAAAUUUUG